GUGUCUGGAUAAAGUGCUCACUAAUGAAGAUCAGAAGUCAGAGGUAUAACACGGGACGAUUUUCUCUCAGAAACUACAUCAAAGAACGGAGGUCAAACGAUGGGAGGAAGAUGUGUUACAUACCUUGUACCAGUAUUUAGUGUCAUCCUCAUAGAGAAUCUGGUGCUGACUUGUAAGAGCAUUCAAAGACUAGAUGAAAAAACGGGGAUUGUGACUGAAUGCUGCAAAACAAACUGUACCUCAGGUUCCUAUGUUGAGGUGUGUACAGUGAAUGGUACAGAUGACCAGUGUGUUCCAUGUCCACACGAUUCGUACCUAGAUGAUAACACCAGUUCUGACUUACCAACGCCCUGUAUCCAGUAUAACUGUCCUCCAGGCUCUGUGCCAGCUAACACCUUUCCUAAAUCAGGCUGCCAUAAGAAGUGUCAGUGUGAUGUUACUCAAAAGUAUGUGGGGACGGAUCCUUGUGAUUGUAAAAAGUCCAGCGUCACAUGUACCAGGGGAAAGCAGCUGACAAUCCAUAAUGUCUGCAGUACAAUAACAACAACAGAGACUUUGAUGCCGCUUCCCUCCGUGAGUGGACAGACAGUCAGUACUACACCAGAGGAGGUAGGCCCAGAGAUGAGCACUGUAAUAGUGACAGGUGGGAAUACCACUCCAACAGAGGACAAAGAACCAAUAUUGACUGUGCUUGGUGGUGUUGGAGUUGCAGUGUUGUUGGUGGUGGUUUUGGUGGUAACUAUGGUGUUCAUAUACCAAAAAAGAAAAAGAAGAUUAAGACAAGAAAUUUCUCAACAAGAGGAUCAAAUUGAAUUGGACCCUCUGAGAAGAAAUCUAGACAGCAGGGAAACUGAUGAUAGAAUUGUCACAAGAGAACAUUCUGGAGAAAUAAAUUCAGAUGGAAGGCUUCAGUGUAAUGGUGGACAAGAGACCACAAGUAGAAUGGGAGUAGAUAAUGUUCUACAGGAAAACAGGCCUGGUUUCAACCAGUGUAAAAGUGAGACCAUACAGAAUGGAGAUGUACACAUACCUCUGGUAAAACUUCCAUCACAAAGGAGUAACACUGAGGAAACAGAGGAGAAGAAAUUGGUCUCAGAUCCUGAUCAAACUUUAGGUGAUCAAUCAGUAAGAGAUCCACUCCUAGAACAGAUCUCAACCAGUAAAGGAAUUACAGACAUCAACAACGGGAACAGCACGCUUACAUCAGCUAAAUCAUUGGGAAAUACCAUUGGUCUAUCAUCUUGUCCAUCACUAGAUCCAAAAAGUAUAGAGGGGGCAAAUGAUAUCCCAAACAGCAUAAAGCUUAGAUCUGCUCCAUCUCUCAACCCUAACAGCAUGCAGACAGGAUAAAGUUUGGAAUCACUCCAUCUUUUAACCUCAAGAGCAUAAGAUCUUCCCAGGUUAUUUAAAAUAUGUAUAUAUUUGUUAAAUAUCUAACAGUUUAUAUAUUAUAUUGUUAUAUACAUGUAUAUUAACAGUUUGCAGAAUAAGAUUUGUAUUAUACUAUAUAGUCGGACCAAAUAUGUUUGCCAUAUUGUUUUAAUUUGCUUUAUGUAAAGUGCCAUACAUUUUUUUAUUUCUAUCUUUACAGAGUGUUCAGUUUUAGAUCUACUGGUCAAAAAGCAGAAGAGGUUAGGCAUUAGUAAGGUGUCUGUCAGUCUAUCUGUCUGUUUGUCCGUAAACAAUUUUUCUGUUACUCCUCCUACAGUUUUGAUCCGAUUUGAGUAAGACUGUGUACACAAGUAGAUUAGACACAAUAAGACUAUACUAAGAUACAUAAGUCUUUUUAUCAGUUUUUGAUAUAGAUGAUUGGUAUUGCUAUAUUUACUUAAAAUAGAGCUUUUGAGAAAUUCCUUCGAAAUGCUAUUCAUUCCUUCAGUUUGGGUACAAUUUCCCUAAGAAUUGGUAUACAAGUAAACUCUGCUACGGUAAAUAAUUCUCUGCAUUGGUUUUUAAUUAACAUGAGCCGAAGGCUUAAGUAAGCUUUUCUUAUUCAAAAUGUGUCCAUUGUCUGUCAUUGUUGUAGUCGUUGUUAACUUUUUACAAUUUCAUCUUCUUCUGCAGAACCACUCAGCCAAUUUCAACAAAACUUGGCACAGAGUAUCCAUGGGUAAAGGGAAUUCAAGUAUGUUCAAAUGAAGGGUCACACCCUCUUCCAAGGGGAGAUAAUUUAGAAAAAGUAAAUAUUGGGUUGUGUCUUUUGAAAAUCUUCCCAAGUACCACUGGACCAUAAAAGAUGAAGCUUACAUGAAAGCUUCCUUACAUAGUGUAGAUUCAAGUUUGUUCAAAUCAUGACCCCCGGCCGGGUGUAGGGUGGGGCCACAAUGGGCAAGUUUUACAUAGGAAAAAUCUUUUGAAAUCUUCUCAAGGAAAAAGCCAUGAUUGGUCAUAUUUAUAUGGAAGCAUCCUCAGUUAGUGUAGAUUAGUGUUUGUUAAACUCCUGAUCCCUAGGGGUACAGAGGGGCUACAUUGGAGGAUCAAAUUUUUACAUCAGAAUACAUAGGAUAAAUCUUUAAAAAUCUUCUCAAGAACAGAAAAAGCAUGAUUGGUCAUAUUUAUAUGGAAGCAUCCUCAGGUAGUGUAGAUUCAAAUUUGUUCAAAUUUUGACCUCUGGGUGUAGGGUGGGGCCAUAAUGGGCAAUCAAAUUUUUACAUUGGAAUUUAUAGGAAAAAUAUUUUAAAAUCGUCAUUCUAAGAACAGCAAAGCCAGUUUGUUAUAUUCAUAUGGAAGCAUCCUCGAGUAAUGUUGAUUCAAAUUUUUCAAAUCUAGACCCUCUAGGGUAGGGUUGGGCCACAAUGGGCAAUCAAAGUUUUACAUUGGAAUAUAGGAAAUAUCCUUAAAAAUCUUCCCAAGAACAGCAAAUCCAUGAGUAGUUAUAUUAACUCAGAAGCAUCUUCAGGUAGUGUAGAUUCAAGUUGUUCAAAUCAUGUUCCUCGGGGGUAGGGGAGGGCCACAAUAGAAGAUCAAACAUAUAGAAAAAAAUUAAUUAUUUAAACCCAUGAUUAAUCUAAUAAAUAUGAAAGCAUUCUCAGCUAGCACAGAUUCAAGUGUAAACAAAUCAUGCCCCCACUAUACUAAGGUACUUAAUUCUAUUUAUUAGGUUUUGAUUUUGAUGAAAAAUGUUUCCAUAGUUAGCUACUUAAAUUAGAAAUGUGUGACAUUCAUUUAAAAAGCUACUCUUCCUUCAGUUUUGGUACAAUUUCAAAAAAAACAAGUACACUAUGAAAAGAUACAUAAUUUUUUAUAGUGGUUUUUGAUUUUUAAUGGUGUUGCCAUGGUUACUAAAAUUUGAAAUUUCUGUGAUAUUCUUUCAAAAUGCAACUCCUCCUACUUUGGUCCAAAUUCAGUAAGAUUUGGUGCACAAGUAAACUAUACUGAGAUACAUACAUUUAAUUGUAUGUAUUGGUUUUGAUUUCACUGAUAGAUAUUUUAGUGAAAUUCUUACAAAACACUUCUCCUCUACAGUUUUGGUCUGAUUCAAUAUGUGACUUAGUACACAAGUGGACUAUUCUAAAAUACAUAGUUCUGUUAAUUGAUUUUUUAUUUAGAUGAACACUGUUGCAAUGUUUGCCAUAAAUAUGAUUAUACAUGCAUUUGAAAUUCAUUUAAACCACUCCCCCUAUGUUUUGGUCUGAAUUUAAUAAAACUUUGUACACAAGUAAACUAGACCCAGGCUCAUAACUCAUAUUUAUUGAUGUUGCCAUUGCUGACGUCCAGAUGCUUUUUUUUCUUUUCAUUCUUAAUAUAUGAACAAGCCAGUAGUGCUACAGUAUCAUUUUAAAAUAUAAUUGUAUGUUUCCAAGUCAUUUUUUUAUGUAAAUGUAUAUUUGUGAAAUAAUUUAUUAAUUUAAUGUUUUUAUAAAAACACCUCUUUAUUAGAGGGGGGGCAAAAAUUUUGAGUGGCCUGUAGUAAUCAGUGUCUGUCUUCUGCCCAUCCUUUGGUUCACAAAGUUUCGUGUUUGUUUUUUUUUUUUUUUGUUUGUUUUUUUUUUUUCUUUUCUUUUUUUUUUCUUUUUUUUUUAAAUACAGUUUUUUUAAUGAUUGUCCAAUAUUUUUCAAAUUUGAUAUGUUUUUAUAGACAGAAAGACAUACAGUCAAACUGUGUUAUUUUGAACUUGAUGGGACAGAGUUAAAAUUUCAAGAUAUGUGAGGAUUAGAUAUAUUGAGAGUAAAAACUGAAAGAAAAGGUGUUUGAUACUUUCAAAUCACUUAAUUCUAGAUACACAUAGUAUUCUAUUUAAGAUAUUGAUGUUGGAGAUUCUGAUUCAAGUUCAGCUGUAUAUUUUGAUACAAGGUAGAUCCAUUAUGAUGUUAUAAUUGAUUUAAACUUAGUUUUUCCCAUACUUUACAGCUGUAAUAAAAUUAUAUAAAAGCCCAAUAAAGCAUUUUCAUGAAUUCCAAUUGAAAUAAUGUCAGAAGUAUAAUCCUGAUACCUAAUGUUAUAUUCAAUUUUAAAUCAUUUUAAAGAAGGGGUCAAGAAUAUGUAAAUUACAGUUUUCAGAGACUGUAGGCAAUCUGGCUUUAUUUUUUUUGUCUGAAUCCAUAUGGAAAAAAAAAAUCUCCUUUUAUAUUUCUAUGGGAUUUUCUUCAUUUUUUAUGUCCUAUUCUCUUUGUACAUGUACUAUUAUACAAUUAAGUCAGUGCCAUGACAUUCAU